AGGGAGGGCCAGUCAGCUUUGCCAAAUACGCCGGCGCCCCAUACGCCCAGGAAGCGAAACAGGCACCGAGAUUCCUGCUCAACUAACAUGUCCACCAUACCCAUGUUUUAAAAGCUGAUCUAGUUUUUUGUUGUCGCGUAUUUAUGUUUUUAAUAAUGCCUUAUUUAAUUGUAUAAUGCCAGAUCGUCGCGGCGAUGAGGUUCACGAGAGAUAUCUACCGGCUGCUGGGGCUCUCGAGCGGCCCCAGUGAACAGAGAGAGGAGAGCAUGGAAACAGAAGCUGCGACUGAUGCCAGCCACACUUCAGCACCACAGGAGCCCCUCAGUGGAGAGGAGGGCUUAAGUGAGGCGGAGAGAUCCAAAAGACGAGCAGAGAAACGACGGGCUAAGAAGAAGCGGCAGAAAGAACGGAAGAAGCUGGAGAAGGGGAAACAGAGCGAAAACAUGGAACAGGAGGAGGAGUCAGCGGAGGGCCCAGGUGAAAGUGAGUCGGAGGAGGAGGGGCCAGGUGAGGAACAGGAAGAGGAGGUGCCUGCACAGGAAGAGGAGGAGCCUAUGAAGGAAGUGGAACCAGCACCUCUCCCGCCCCCCACCAAGAGUUCAGUAGCUCCGCCUCUUGGAAGCAGAGCCAACCGCCAGCAUGCAACUAGUGAAGAGGACCCUGAGUGGGACGUCAGUAGUGCGUUUGUGGCCAAUGCCGUGAGCCACCUGCGGCCGAGAGCGAAGAGCAAAGCCCCACGUAGCAGCCGGGAGAACAAGGAGAACGAGAGCCGAGGAGGCCAGACCAACUGCACAGAUAGUGGGGCUAAGAGAAGUGCCUACCUCACAGAGAAGGGCAUACAGCUGGUUCAGGAGGGCCAGUACCUUCAGGCAGUUUCCAUGUUUACAGAAGCCAUCAAGUAUGACGCCACCGACUACAGGUUCUUUGGGAACCGCUCCUACUGUUAUGAGUGUCUGGAGAUGUAUCCACAGGCUCUGGCCGAUGCUGAGAUGUCCAUCAGACUUGCCCCCACCUGGCCCAAGGGCUUCUACAGGCAGGGCAGUGCCCUGAUGGGGUUAAAGAGGUACAGUGAAGCGGAGAAGGCCAUGGAGCAGGUGCUUUUGCUGGAUAAGGACUGUGAAGAGGCGGCCAACGAACUCUUCAACUGCCGAGUCCUUCAGCUCAUGGACCUCGGCUUUGAGGAGAUUCAGAGUGUCUUUCUGCUGGAGAAGUACACUACAGUUCAGGAUGCACUUGCAUCGUCCGAGGCAACAGCAGUGGCAAGCCAGGAGAACUACUCUGGCCAGGCUGGGGGUCCGUCUCUAUGGGUGGGGAACGUCACCACUGAACUGACGGAAAAACAUCUAUGGGACCUCUUCAAAACGUGUGGAGAAAUAGACAGUAUCCGUGUGCUGCAUGAGCGGUUCUGUGCCUUUGUCAACUUUAAAAAUGCAAGCAUGGCGUCCCGGGCCCUGGAGAAACUCAAUGGCUAUGGAAUUGAGAACACUCGACUGGUGGUACGUUAUCCUGAUCGGCGCACACAAAGAGCCCUCCCCCCAACGCUGCUCUUAAAGGCCCCGCCCCUUCUCUCAGGGGCCACUGGUGCCAGGCGGCGGGGCCCGGUGCACGGGGACGAGUGUUACUUCUGGCGGACGACAGGCUGCCACUUCGGAGAGAAAUGCCGCUACAAACACAUUCCUGACCAGAGGGGGAAAGACCGCAAGCCCUGGCAACCCUAACCAGCGGGCAACCUGGCAACCUGGCAACCUGGCAACCCUGACCCCAGCACCGACUCUCUAUGUGUCUGUCUGUCUCACUCAAACUGGACUGUUCCGUGUGUGUGUUCGUGAGAGUGAAUGAAUGUGUGUGUGUGUGUGUGUGUGUGUGUGUGUGUGUGUGUGUGUGUGUGUGUGUGUGUGUGUGUAUAUGUGUGUUUGUGAAAGAGAGACAUUAUCUUUCUGUGUAGGAAGCUCUUUAGGUUUUUGGUGAAAUGCACUUUAGUCAGCUCGAUGUCUUAGUUAAUCAACUGAUGCAUAAUUUUCCCACUACACACACACACACACACACACACACACAACGACACUCCCAGUGCCCCAUCAAAGCAUUACUUGUGAUCAUCUUUUGCACUUUAUUGUUCACCCAUUUAUAUGGGACUCUUCAGUUUAGUGGAAUCACCAGUGUUUUACACUACACACACAAACACACCACAUUCUCUCUCACACACACACAAACACACACACACACACACACACACACACACACACACACACCGAAACACAGACACUCCGAGUGCCCCAUAUAAGCUUUACUUGUGAUCAUCUUUUGCACUUAAAUGGGACUUCAGUGCGGUGGAAUCAGUGUUUUUACACUAUAUACAUACACACACACACACACACACACACACACACCUACUUGCAGACCAGACACAAACACUUGAAUUACGCCAUUUGUGCUUCCUCUUCUUUUACACACACGCACGCACACACACACACCCCCACACCAAAACAUACACAGGCCUAUCAUAUCACUAAUGUAACUGUAGACAUUUUCACAUUGGAUGAUCAAACUACUGCCUAUUACCUUUGUGUGCCUUAUGUGUGUGUGUGUGUGUGUGUGUGUAUGUGUGUGUGUAUCUGUCCUAAGUGCCUGCCCCCCUCUGUGUGCCUUACAGUAAUGUGUGUGUGUGUGUGUGUGUGUGUGUGUGUGUCUGUCUGUUUGUCCUAAGUGCUUUACAGGGAAGUGAAAGUGGGAUGCCUGAAGCGAAACCACUCACACACACACACACAUACAUACACGGACGGACACCCUCACAACUCGAUCACCAAUGUGUGUGUGGGGGUGUCUGUGUCUGAGACUGACUGCUCUUCACACGAGAGAGAGUGAGAGAGAUUUUGUUUCCUGUGUGAAAACAUGUUUUAGUGCAAAGAUCUGUUUUAAUCUGCCAUGUUGCGUGUUUGUGUGUGCAUGAGUGUAUGUAUGCAUGUGUGCAUGUGCACUUCUGUGUGUGAUAUAUUUGUGUGUGUGUGUGUGUGAGUGUGUGUGACUGUCAGCCUAUGCUCCUGUGUUUUAUAUGAAGUGUUUCACACCAUAAAGCCAAAGAGCUCAUUGGAUUAAAAAUGUUUUCAUCUCCA